AAGGCUGCCAGCAGGGGGCGCAGUGUGGGGCGCUAUUUCCCAGGCGCUCCUGACAGCUCAGUGUGCAUGACAGCCAGUGCGCUCGCGUGGUGCUGAUGUGAGGCACACGCCGGCGGUUUUUCCUUUUCUUUUCUUUUUUUUUUUUUUUUUGGAGCGAUCGCGGACGAUCAUGCGCUUCUCCACGCACACCAGGCUCUGUGUCCUUGCACAGCGUCUGCGUUAUCGUGGAUGAAUCCAGGCUAUGUGUGUAUCAUUGUGGAGAUAGCGGAUCGGCUGCGUUCCUGCGCGCUUGAAGGAAGGAGGAGGAGGAAGAAGAAGAGGAGGAGGAGGACGACGACGAGAAGGAGUUGGCUCGUGGCGGAUGGCAGAUGGCAAAGCGAUCUGGAGGAUGCGAUGGACACGAUAACCGCGAUAAUCACUGCAACUGGUGGGCGUUAAAUCAGCACGAUUUUGGAGCAUGCAGGAUGAUGUGCUCUUCAUGUAAGUGAUCCGUCCGUCAAAGAUGCCACGGUGCUCUGGAAACAGGGUGGAGAGUGUCAGGAUGGAGAAAGCCUACACCCAUGGAAUGACUAAAGGUCAAGUUAUUUAGGGAAAGGCAUGGUUUUAAAAUAAACAGGAAAGUCCAAUCAGAUCAGUAUGGUUGUCUUUAUUUUGCGCAUGGUAAGGCAUCUUGAGUGAGUGAUCCCAAGCCAAAUCAAAGCACUUGGCUUGAUAGCAUCACCUUGUCUAACUCAUUGAGGAAACUGUCAGACCGAGACUUUGCGGCAGGUUUUCCGGAAAGGUUGGCAAGAUGAUGUGCGAAGUGAUGCCGACCAUCAACGAGGGAGACUCGACGAGUUCCCAGAGAGGUUCUCAGAACGGCUCGGAUGGGGAGUCCAAUUUCGAGCAGCUGAUGGUGAACAUGCUGGACGAGAGAGACAAGCUGCUGGAGUCGUUACGCGAGACCAGAGAUGCUCUCGUACAGUCACAGGCCAAGCUUCAGGAGGCCCUUCAUGAGAGGGAUGCUCUCCAGAGACAGAUCAGCUCCGCGCUGCCACAGGAGUUUACAUCACUAACGAAGGAGCUGAGUGCAUGCCGGGAGCAGCUUCUGGAGAAAGAGGAGGAAAUCUCUGAGCUUAAAGCAGAGAGGAACAACACCAGGCUCCUUCUGGAGCAUUUGGAGUGCCUGGUGUCUCGUCACGAGCGCUCUUUGAGGAUGACGGUGGUGAAGAGACAAGCUCCUCCACCCUCCGGAGUCUCCAGUGAAGUGGAGGUGCUUAAGGCUCUCAAAUCUCUGUUUGAGCACCACAAAGCCCUGGAUGAGAAGGUGCGGGAGCGACUGCGUGUGGCUCUGGAAAGAGUGACAUCACUAGAGGGCCAACUGGCGGCCACCAGUCAGGAGCUUGCCAUGGUGCGACAGGGAAGAGAUGGAAAGACAGAUGGCAACAAAAUGGACGGCGCAAAACCAGCCUGGAAGAGGCUGCCUAAUGGCUCCAUAGAUGUCCACGAUGAUUCCACUCGUGCUAUGGAGCUGCAGGAACUGCUAGACAAAGCUAAUAAAGAUCUGUCGACGAGUCGUGAGCGUGCUAACACACUGAAUACCCGCGUGGCUGAGCUAGAGAGCGAACUCGCCAAUGUGCGCAAGGAGCUGCUGAAGAGCGAGGAGUUCAACGCCAAACACCAGCGAGACAUCCGCGAGGCGAUGGCACAGAAGGAGGACAUGGAGGAGCGAAUCACAACGCUAGAGAAGCGCUACCUGGCUGCACAACGUGAAACAACCUCCAUCCAUGACCUGAAUGACAAGCUGGAGAACGAGCUGGCCACCAAGGACUCGCUCCAUCGACAGAGCGAGGAGAAGGUGCGUCAUUUGCAGGAGCUAUUGGAGCUGGCUGAACAGAGGCUACAGCAGACCAUGAGGAAAGCCGAAACACUGCCAGAGGUGGAGGCUGAACUGGCUCAGAGAGUGGCUGCUCUCACCAAGGCAAAGGAACGACAUGGAAACAUUGAAGAGCGUCUUCGGCAAUUAGAGUCGCAGCUGGAAGAGAAGAACCAGGAGCUGAGCCGAGCUCGUCAAAGGGAAAAAAUGAAUGAGGAACACAACAGGCGUCUGUCGGAUACAGUGGACCGCCUGCUCACUGAAUCUAAUGAACGCUUGCAGCUCCACUUGAAAGAACGAAUGGCUGCCCUGGAGGAUAAGAAUGCACUCAUCCAGGAUCUGGAGAAUUCCCAGAAGCAGCUGGAAGAGUUCCACCACAGCAAGGAGAGACUGAUAGGAGAAAUUGAGAAGCUUCGCACAGAGCUUGAUCAUCUAAAGAGAAGGAGCGGAGCUUUUGGAGAUGGAACACACCCUCGGUCUCAUCUGGGCAGUGCCACAGACCUGCGUUUUUCUGUGGUGGAGGGACAGGGGGAGCACUUUGCCAGUACAGGAGUCAUUCGGCGAGCACAAAAAGGAAGACUGGUAGCACUCAGGGACGAGCCCACAAAGGUCCUGCCGGUGGUUGAGCAGGACUGGGAGCGAUUACAGCCUUCUAGCCUUCGAGGCAGCCGCUCACACCUGAUGGGCAGUGACACAGAGCUCUCAGAGCUGGACGAUGAUGACCGUGAGACCGUGUUCAGCUCAGGGGACAUGCUGUCUCCCAGUGGUCACUCAGAUGCUCAGACACUUGCCCUCAUGUUGCAGGAGCAAUUGGAUGCCAUCAAUGAGGAGAUCAGGAUGAUCCAAGUAGAGCGAGAAUCAGCCGAGCUCCGGGCAGAUGAGAUUGAGAGCCGUGUGAACAGUGGUAGCAUGGAUGGGCUGAACGUGACGCUGCGCCCACGGUCUACUAUCCCCACCUCGGUCACUGCUCUCUCCCUCGCUAGCUCUUCACCUCCCGUCAGCGGCCGCUCCACUCCAAAGAUGGCAUCUCGCUCCACUGCCCAUGAGCUCGGUGUCAUGACCCUGCCUAGCGAUUUACGAAAACACCGCAGGAAAGUCACUUCUCCAGUGGAAGCUCGUGAGGAUAAGGCCACUAUAAAGUGCGAGAUGUCACCUCCUUCCUCCCCUCGUAGUCUCAAACUCGAUCAGAUAAACUUCGCUCAGCUGACCGGAAGCCUCGAGGAUGGACGAGGCGGCAACAAAAAGAAGGGAAUCAAGUCCUCCAUUGGCCGCUUGUUUGGCAAGAAGGAUAAGCCCCAACCAAUGAGCAAAGACGGCCAGGUGACCCCUCCUGUAAUUCCAGAUUUUGAAAUGAGCAUUGGAGAUACUAUGACCCUGGGCAAGCAGGCUGAGAGAGACCGCAGGAUGAAGAAGAAGCAUGAGCUUUUGGAAGAUGCACGGAGGAAAGGCCUUCCGUUUGCUCAGUGGGAUGGCCCGACGGUGGUCUCUUGGCUUGAGCUGUGGGUUGGAAUGCCAGCGUGGUACGUAGCGGCUUGCCGUGCCAAUGUGAAGAGCGGUGCCAUCAUGUCUGCGCUAUCCGAUACAGAGAUCCAGAGGGAGAUCGGCAUCAGCAACCCACUGCACAGACUCAAGCUCAGACUGGCCAUCCAGGAGAUGGUGUCACUCACCAGUCCCUCGGCCCCACUCACCUCACGCACCUCCUCCGGAAAUGUCUGGGUGACUCACGAGGAGAUGGAGAACAUGGCAACCUCCACCAAAGCAGAGAACGAGGAAGGGAGCUGGGCACAGACCCUGGCAUAUGGAGAUAUGAACCAUGAAUGGAUAGGAAAUGAGUGGCUGCCUAGUCUGGGCCUGCCUCAGUAUCGCAGCUACUUCAUGGAGUGUCUGGUGGAUGCUCGCAUGCUGGACCACCUCACCAAGAAGGACUUGCGCACUCACUUAAAAAUGGUGGACAGCUUUCAUAGAGCCAGUUUACAGUACGGCAUCAUGUGCUUAAAGAGGCUCAACUAUGACAGGAAGGAGCUGGAGCGAAGGAGAGAGGAGUGCCACCAUGAUCUCAAAGACACUCUAGUGUGGACAAAUGAGCAUGUGAUGAACUGGGUGCAGACCAUCGGGCUAAAGGAGUACUGCAAUAACCUUCUGGAGAGCGGCGUACAUGGUGCCCUCGUCGCCUUGGAUGAGACAUUCGACUUCAGCAGUCUGGCCCUCAUCCUGCAGAUUCCCAUGCAGAACACACAGGCCAGGCAGAUCCUUGAACGGGAGUUCAACAACCUCUUGGCCUUGGGGACUGACAGGCGUCUGGAGGAGAGCGAUGAUAAGUCUUUUCGGAGGUCCCCAUCAUGGAGAAAACGUUUCAGACCACGGGAUGGCCAAGGCCUGGGCAUGAUGCCCGGCUCCAUUGAGACGCUACCCGCUGGCUUCCGCCUCUCCACCAUGUCCAUUCCCUCCUCCAUGACUGUCAAUCCCAGGAAACAGCUGCAGCCUGAAGCUGGACCCCAAGCCCCUCAGAGACUUGAUCCCUCUGCCAUCAGGACUUACUCUUGCUAACUCUGCUUUACUAACAACACUCAUGUUAUCAGUGCAUUCUCACUACCUGUAUGGACACACGCUCGCGGCCUUUCGAGAGUGAUAUGCCAAAUUUCUGGGGCAGAUGUCCUCCUGCCAAAUGAAACCAGUGCUUUUAUGGACACCGUGCAAUGGGAAGGGGGGUAGGGGGGACGGGACAAAAAAAAAACUAAACUAAAAGCUGAAAUUUGAACUUUUGAGCGCAUCUUUUGCGUAGCUGCUCUUAGAGGAGAUAUAUCGUCGUGUGAGUCACUUUCUAGUAGCCAAAAGUUAUUUAGUCAUUGUGAUGGUAAUUUUCAGCUGGUGUACUUGGCCCUAGUUUGUCAGUUUUAGUCUAUUCCCAAGGGUGUGUUGAUGGCAACUUAUUAGGCUUCCCCCUCUCUGGUUAUGCAAGGUAUUAAUCAGUGUGUCUGUAUAUACAACUGAUUAUAAUUGUUUUUUUAUAUAUAUAUAUAUAUAUAUAUAUUUAAAAAAUGCAUAUAAAUAACAUAUAUAUUGGAAUUGUAUAUGGAAAAGAUUAUAUCAAUAUGAUAUGAAUACUGACGAUAUGUCUCAGUUGUGACUGUUUCUGUUUGUUUGAAACUCUUUGACCAGUGUUAAACUUGUAGCUACUGUUUUGGACAGUGUAAGUUUUGGACUAAGCUGCUGUUUUCUGCUGAUCUGAGACCAGUUUUGGUUAUAAAAUAGAUAUAGAUAAUAGACUGGGAUCUACAAAGGGCCAAGCUGAUCGCAGGUCAGUAGAAAAGGGCUUAGUACAGUAUAUCAGUAGCAUCCGUGGUGUUAUUUGAGGAAGAUUGUUUUCGAUCACAUGAACAGUGCACAUCUAUAUGUCAGUUCAUUCCAAAAAAAAAAAAAAACACACUUCCAAAUCUUAAAGAUAAUGCAACCCUUCAUAUUAGACAGAAAUUUGCAGAUGUAUACUAGAUGUAUAAUGCUAGCAGGGCAACACCGAAAGCAAUAGCCAUCCAUGUCUUCAUAUACUUGAUACAUACUUGACACCCCUGUUUGAGCUCUUGUAAUAGUAAGGUUCUGUCUGACUUUGUUCUGAAUAUUAUUAACAUAUGAAUGAAUGACCUGAGACGUUUUACACUAAAACAGUGCUUGAAUUAAGCAUGCAUCUGUACCUUUUUUUUUCAAGACUGAGUACGAUACGAAAAUUAGGAACCUAUUCACUAUUAAGCAAUCAGGGACAGCACAGAACAUCUUAUUUAACUCUGUUUAUGUUUCCCCAGUUUAUACUGUAGUGGCACACAUGUGCUUUCAUGCACUUAAGCUACUAGGCUUGUUCUUUGUAGCUUUAGCUAGUUGAUAUUAAAUCAACUGCAUUAGCUAGCUACAUUAGUUGGCUUGGAUCGAGUAGGAUUACAGUGGAGACAACUGGAUGAUCGUUAAGAACAACAUACUGGCUAAGAACUUCUGUUAUUUUCAUUUUUAACUAACUUUUUUUUUCUCAUAGCCAGCAUUUGCUGCUGUGUGCUACUAGUAAUGGACACUCAUGCUGAGUUUUAUGUUUAAGAUCAUCAGUUUCAUCAGUAUACUUGUACUGUAAGAAGAUGCUGUAGUUCCUGCUGUUGUUAUUAUUGCAGAGUACAGUUUACAGUCAUUUUGUGUCCAUUAGCGUGACAGCAUACACUAGGCUUAUGUCACAUAGUAUGACAUGGUAUUGGGUAUCGGUAUGAGAGCAUUUUUUUACAAAUACUAGUAAAUAAGCCGAGUAUCAUAUCCAAUACCUGUAGCAGUAUCGAUGCAUCCCUAGCUUAAAAGUAUAAAAAUAUGUAAAGGUGAAAAGCUGUGUCAGUGUAUUUGUGGGUCAAAACAUGGCUCAGUAUCUUCAGAUCACAUCACUGUCACACAGAACCUUAUAAAUCCAAGAGUCUCAAAUUAUAUGAGGAGCAAAAGUUUUUCCUGUUAGCAUUAACCAAUUAAUCAAACUGUUAGAAUGUUACAAGUGCAUAACAUCUUACUGGUGUCUUUUUGUUUUGUUGUAUAAUUUUAUUUAUUUAUUUUUUUAACAGUGAUUCUAUUUGAAGACAUGUGCCACUGAGGCAGCUAUUUUGCUAAUUUAUGUAUAUGUCUGUAAGUAUAUGUAUAUGUAUUUUAGUGUGUAUUUUAUGCCAAGUAAUGAAUCAAGCCAUUUUUGCCUGUUUACCUAGAAAACUAGCAUACAGAGACAUAACUUGAUCCAAAUUCCCACUCGAUAGUGAGUAUAUAUCAUAAUGUCUAUGUGAAAAGUGAAGUAACACUGGAAUAUCGAUUUUCCUGUAUGGGACACUAUUGGCAGGAGAGGGACAUGUUGCAGCAUGCAUGCCACAAACCUGACAAUCGCUCCUCUCUCUCUCUCUCUCUCUCUCUCCCCGUCUCUCUCUCUCCUUAUGUCUCCCUCUCUCUUAUUCUCUCUCAUCGUCUGUGUCUCUCUAUAUUCAGCUGAGGAAUCCAUCAGCUGAACACUUAAACUUGAAACCCUGUGGUGUGCUGCUCUUUUUUUUUUUUUAAUUUAUUAAUUUUUAUCUCUGUAUCUGCCAAGUGUGCCUGAUCAAAUACAGCUCAAUUCACAGAAUCACAGAUUCACAGCCCAAAUGUAUUUUUUGUAUCUUUUUGUUCCCCCUUCUCUCUCUCUCUGUCUGUCGUUUUACCAGAUCAUACACUCACAGUAACUUAUUUGACAUUUUGAAUUGUUCAAUCUUGACUUCGACCAAUCCCCCAGCGUUAUUGUCAUCUCCCUGAUGACAUCUCCUUAAUCCAGCAGAUAAAUGAUGUGUGUAAAGUUUGAACUGACAGUAACUGAAGCCAUCUGCUUUUGCACUGUGUUCUCUCGUGAUUGUUGGUAGCAUUUAUCACCCUGCCGUUCCUCUAGCUCAUGACAGUAAUGUGAAAUGUAAGACAGGUGCAGCUCUUUCUCUCUCUCUCUCUCUCUCUCUCUCCUUCUCUCUCUCUCUCUCUCUCUCUCUCUGUUUCUCUAUCCCCCUCACUCUCUGUCUAUCUCUGUCUCUCUCUCCCUUAUACUCUCACCUCUCUCUGUCUCUCCCUCUCUAUCUGUCCCUUUGUGUCUCUCUAUCUCUCUAUCUCUCUCACACACACCUUUCUGUGUGUGCGUCUCUUUCUCACCCCCCUCUUUCAAUUUGUCUCUCUCCUUCGAUCUUACUGUCUCUCUCUCGCUCUAUCUCUCUCUUUUUCAUAUUUCAAUCUGUGUGCAUGUGCGUAGGUUUCAGUGUCUGUAAAUAGUCUAUUUGUGUACAGAAAUAUGUAUACAGUAGUUAUAUGAGAUUCCACAUGAGGCAUGUGGGUGAAGUCUAUUAAAGUGAAAAUUCUCCUUGACUUGUUUUCAGAAGGAGACUAUGUUCCGUAGGUUCUUUUUUUUUCUUUCACUGUA